AUGGCCGCGGAUCUCGAGACCUUUCUGCAGGAAGAGGUGGGCGCUCUAAACGCCGACGAAGAGGAGGACGAGUACGCAGAUGUGGACUGGUGCGACCCGGGGGAGGUGGAGGAACCUGGCUUGCAGGAGGAGGAGGAGGCUGCAGAGCCGGCGGCGGAGCCGCGUGGCCGAGUCGCCGAACAGCCUGGUGGACCCCCGAAGCCCACUAAGGAGGAGGCGGAGGAGGCCAAGAGGCUGCGGAGGCAGGCGGUGCUUCAGCACCGCACCCUCUCCCUCUGCUGCGUCGCCCGGCUUGCGUGGCUGAACAGGAUGUGCAACCAGGACCUCCUGCAGGCGGCGCUCCUCUCCCUGGCGCCCGACUGCCUCAAGGCCGGCGUGGGCCAGGCGCUGCAGAACCUGAAGGCCACGCUGAGAGCCUCCGACUCGCCAGCGCAGAGGGGGACCCAGGAGGUCCAGCCCAGCUUGGUGCGGCUUCUCCGGGCUCUGCACAGCUCCCCUAAAGAUCUGGGCGCUGAGGAGUGGGUGCUGCUUCUGGUGGCCCGUUGCCGCGCGGAGGGGCGAGCCAGCCGCCUGGCCAUGCGCCUGCCCCUACCGCCGGCCAAGUCUUGCCUGGGCCUCCUGAGAAACCCAGGGGAGGAGAGUGAGGUUUAG